AUGCGUUAUGCGGCCGCGGCCGGUGCCUCGCGGCGACAUGCGAUCGGCCGUUUUUGCGUCGCGAUCCCAUUCCGCCGCGGCGGCCGCAUUCCCCGCGCUGCGCGGCCAACGCUGCCGCCGCUGCGCCGCGCUAAGCGCUCGCUAAUGAAUAAUGUUCUUUUUGUCCGUCCCUCAAUCAUAACUGGCGCUGUACCGGGAAGCAGGCGCCACCCGUUCACCCGUCAGCCGCCACAUCUCCAUCGGCUCUUAAGGGCG